UUUGCAUGAAAUGAAACUAAACCAUAUGGCAAAGAAGGGACAAACACACCAGACAUUAACUAGCCCAUAUUAAGGUCUUCAAGAGUUGUAGGAGUAGGCCUACUUCAGCUAAAAAGAAAAAAAUCUCCUAUUUGGGAGAUAAUAAAUUACCUGAACUGUGUUUUGGAAGGAUCAUAUUACAAAUGACGAUGCUGUUUUCCUCUUUGUGUUUGGUUUCCGGAUCUGCAAAGAUAACACAAGUUAGGAGUUUUACGCUACGUUGGAUCUUUGUGCUGUUUGUAGCAUAUUGUGCGGAGCGGUCCUCUGUUCAGUGCCAACAUCCAGAUUAUAAGGGUCUGGAGGAGCUGAGACUGAUCCUUGUUGGAAAAACCGGCUCAGGAAAGAGCGCAAGUGCAAACACCAUUUUGGGAUCUAAGGACGCCUUUAAAGAAGACAUCUCCCCUGGAUCUGUGACAGAGCACUGCCAGAGAGAGCAGGUGACCAGAGACGGACGGUCCAUCGUCGUGGUCGACAGCCCCGGCCUCUUCGACACAACCCAAACUACAAAGGUCAUAGGAGAAAAAAUAGAGGCGUGUGUCGAGAAGUCCGUUCCAGGGCCCCAUGCGAUUCUGCUGGUGAUCAGUCUGAAGGCCAGAUUCACUGAGGAAGAGCGCAGUGCUGUAGAGUGGAUCGAGACUAACUUUGGCUCAGAUUCUUCCAUGUACCUCAUCAUUCUGUUCACCCAUGGAGACAUGCUGGGAGAGAAAACAGUGGACCAGUUUGUGAGCGAAAGUAUACAUUUAAAGAGGGUCCUCAAUAAUUGUGGGGGGAGAUAUUUUCCACUGAUCAACGGCCUGGGUAGUGACCCCAAGCAGGUUCAAAAACUUUUAAAAAUGGUUGAGGAAAUGGUGAAUUUCAAUGGAGGGCAGCAUUACACCAAUAGCAUGUACAAGGAAGCUCAGAGGAAAAUUGAAGAAGAAAAAAUUAGGAAAAAAGCAGAAAAAGAGAAGAAAGAACAAGAGGAAAGGAGGAGGGAGAGAGAACAAGAGGAUAAAAGGAGAAAGAAAGAAGAAGAAGAGGAGUAUCGGCGAUUCAAGUGCAAUGCACUCCUUGUGGUGACUGUUGCAGUAUUGUGUGGCGGUUUAUUGGUGCCCUCACCUGCAAUAGUAUAUGCCGCUACAGGAUUAGUAUUUUAUGGUGGUUACAAAUGUUAUGCUGAAGACUAUUUUUGGAUGGUUUCAACCGCUGUGCAAAAUCACUAAUUUCACUGGAUAACAAUUAAUGCAUUAACAUUUUUCUGUAUGAUAUUUUAAUUGACCACGAUAAUGCUUUAAUGAAUGACUAUUAAGUACAGUAACAUGGGUAUUACAGAACAAAAUAAGUAAUUUCUGGGACGUAACAAUUGUAACAUUUCCUGAUCAAUAUUGGACCUUUAAAUAAUUAAAACACAUCUUCAAGGGUCUGCUGGGUAUGCUCAAAGGUUUACUAAACGGGACUCUUAUGCAGGUUUGCAAUAUAAUUGUAACAAUGUUUUUAAAUUCAAUUCAUUUUAAACUAGGGUAGGUAAUUUGGAGAAGUUAGCCAGAGUAAGCAUGAUAUUUUAAUGUUGGAUAAGUAUCCAACAGAAAAAAUCCUACCCCUUCCUCCAAAGCCUCUCCCCCAAAACACAUGACUGCUAUAGCUUUAGCUGAAUAUCUGCCCAGCCUUUGGGAAGACUCCAGUCAUGCACAAUGAGUCAUGCACUCUGCAUGGUCAGAGUGGCCACAGGUAGCCGGGUAGGAGGACAGAUCGGUCCGCUAUACAAUCAUUUAUUCAUGCUGAAUUGCAUAAUUGGGUGGGUUUAUUAUAGCUCUGGGACAGCUGCGGAUACUGUAUUUUUCAUCUUUUCCUUUUGACCAAGCGUUUGAUUUAUUGAUUAAUGUUGGGAUUUCAAGAGAAAUCAACAAAUAUGACAAUGCUUCAAAAGUGAAUUGCUUACCCUAUCUUUAAUCCAUUUAACAUUGAAUGUUAUAAUAGGAUUAAGAUUAGUUAUGGUUACGGCAAAACACCCUUUUGAAUAAAGAGAUUUUACUGAG